GGGUGGGGGUGUCCCGGCUGCAGGCCCGCCUCUGCGCGCCAAAAUCAAAUCCGAGACCCGCCGGCGGGAGAGCCUCUGACGGGACAGCUUCUGACGGUCGAAGUCCAGCCUGCAGGUCGCCGGCGGCGCAAGCACCUGUGUCCACUUCCCAGCCCCCCCACUACGCGCUCCGCCCGCCACCAGACGAGGAAUGGCCACCCCACCCAAGAGGAGCUGCCCCUCUCCCGCGACCAGCUCUGAGGGAACCCGCAUCAAGAAAAUUUCCGUCGAAGGGAACAUCGCUGCAGGGAAGUCAACAUUUGUGAAUAUCCUUAAACAAGUCUGCGAGGAUUGGGAAGUGGUUCCUGAACCUGUUGCCAGAUGGUGCAAUGUUCACAGUACUCAAGAUGAAUUUCAGGAACUGACAACAUCUCAGAAAAGUGGUGGGAAUGUUCUUCAGAUGAUGUAUGAGAAACCUGAACGAUGGUCUUUUACCUUCCAGUCAUAUGCCUGCCUCAGUCGAAUACGAACUCAGCUUGCCUCUCUCAAUGGCAAGCUCAAAGAUGCGGAGAAACCUGUAUUAUUUUUUGAACGAUCUGUGUAUAGUGACAGGUAUAUUUUUGCAUCUAAUCUGUAUGAAUCUGAUUGUAUGAAUGAAACAGAGUGGACAAUUUAUCAAGACUGGCAUGACUGGAUGAAUAACCAGUUUGGCCAAAGCCUUGAACUAGAUGGAAUCAUUUAUCUUCGAGCCAGUCCAGAGAAAUGCCUGAGUAGAAUAUAUUUACGGGGAAGAAAUGAAGAACAAGGCAUUCCUCUUGAAUACUUAGAGAAGCUUCACUACAAACAUGAAAGCUGGCUCCUGCAUAGAACACUGAAAACCAACUUUGAUUAUCUACAAGAAGUACCUAUUUUAACAUUGGAUGUUAAUGAAGACUUUAAAGACAAACACGACAGCCUAGUUGAAAAGGUCAAGGAAUUUUUGAGCACUUUGUGAUCAUGCUGAAGACUACAGGCAGUGAAAUGAUUACAGAUACUUCAGCUUUGUGUAUCUUCGUAGCUUCAUAUUCAUAGAAGUCACUUUAGAAAACCCAAGUUUUUAACCAUUUUUAUACCAAGAAAAACAUUUUUUUUAAUGAAUCCUAUAUGAAAGUUUAUGACCAGUUUUAUUUGUUUCUUUUGUUAAAAAGAACAAAGACUUUUAAUUAUCUCUCAUGGCAAGAAGUCUGGAGGUAGAUAGUUUCAGAAUCACUAUAGUGGCUGAAGUGUAUCAGGAAAAACCCACCCUUCUUCAGUCUUUCCCCUCUGUUAACCUCCUCCGCAGGUUGACUUUUUUUUCUGGUGCUUCUCCUCUCACUGUUGACCAGUUUCUUAACUGGAUUUCUUAACUGGAAACUUUAAUGUUACAUAGAAAAUGAUAAUGUGUCCUGUGUAUAUUAGUGCAAAAAGUUGAAAGUAGCAUUUAAGGAAUCUGUAGAAAAAGAAUUGUUUUAUUUUAAGUACUUUUGAUCCAGUGCUUCCCCUUCCACUUCAAUUUAUGUGAAAGAUAUAAGAUCAGGUUUAGUAUUUAAUCAAUUCAUUGAUAUUUAUUAGUACAUCUAUAAUGCAUUUAUUGAGGAACAAGUUAGACUUUGUUCCCAGUUUAUAAUGACAUACAUCUGUGCUAUGGGUGAGACUUCAUUGUUUGCAUGGGAUUUUGGAUGAUUAAAGAGGAAAUGUUUCUUUUUCUUAUUUUAUUCUUUAUUGAUUUUAGAGAGAGAGGAAGGGAGAGAGAGAUAGAGAUAGAAACAUAGAUGCAAGAGAGAACAUUGA